AUGAGCUCAACCAUUCCUUCUCAUCAGAUGGCUCAGGUCGCUGCGCCUUAUAUUCCAUCCCGGGAUUCUAUGGACCGUCACGAUUAUGGUAUCACCAAGAACCGCAAGGCUUCAUCAACCGGUGGUGGACGUGCUUGGAGUGACGAGGAGGAGUCAUAUCUCAUUCAGACUCGACUCCAGAAGAUGCCAUACAAGUACAUUGCUGCCCACCUCAAGAAGACUGAGUUGGCGUGCCGCCUUCACUACCACCAGCUCUCUCAUGGCAGUAACCGCCGCAACAAGCGUGCUGCUUCCGUCUCUUCGGGUGCUUCCAUGGAAAUCUCUCAAACUCACAACGUGAACGUCCCCAGCCCAGCACGCGAGACUGUCUCUCGCUCUGCCUCUCCCGGUGGAAGCGUACGAAGCUACAGCCCUCCUCCCUACAACACAAGCAACAACUCCAGCCACAUCCAACUUCCCAGCAUCGUUGGCCCUAGCGAGGUUCCCAGAUUACCAUCAAUCCUCCCCAAGCCUACUGGCAUGCCUCUCCCUCCUCCUGCUUCCCACCAGUCGUAUAACACGCCUGCCGUCGACGUUCCAGUUCAGAUGCCCCAUGCUUCUUUCCACCGAGCUGCAUCUUAUCCCCGAACAACACCUCCUCUGCGUCUUGACUGCUCAGUUGCUCCCGCGCCUACUGUUGUGCCUUCACCUCCCGCUCACAAUGCUUCGCAUGUCGAUCUUUCUCGCCUGCAUUCCAUCUACUCAUCCCACCGCUCAUCGUUCUGGUCCACCAUCGCCAACGAGUAUGGACCUUCAGCAUCUCCCACCGUGCUGGAGCAGGCUUGGAAGACUGGCACUUGCUGCAGUCCCUCAUCUCUUACACCCAUCACUCCUACCUCCAGCCCAGGACAAGCUGAGAAGGAUGUGCAGAACCAGACCUACCACAAGGGACAGGACAAGACACGGAUUUCAUCAAUCCUCGGCAUUGAUGCUGACCCUCGAACCGCUCGCGAUCGGGAUAUCGUGAGACGGCUGGAAGAGGAGCGCUUCGGUAUGAUGCAGACCGCUCACUGA